AUGUCUGCAAGUGAAGCAGACACGAGCGAAUCAUCAAACCUGGAAUCCCCGUUUAGUUCCCCAUCUCAGCAAGUGCCUCAGUUAACUAACUUCUUGACAGUAUUAUCAUGUGCUGAUAGUACAAUUAUUAAUAACAAUGAUGGCAAUAAACCAUAUCUACGUAUUGUUGAGCAACCACAAAAUCAUUUUAGAUUUCGGUAUCGAAGUGAAAUGAUUGGAACGCAUGGAUGUUUGCAAGGCAUAUCGUAUUCUAAUAAGACCAAAUCACAUCCAACAGUUGAGCUAGUUAAUUACGCGGGACAAGCGCGAAUACGUUGUCGCUUAGUACAACAUAACAAUCCCGAUGAACAUCCUCAUAAGUUGCUGGAAGAAGACCAAGAUAUUGACGUGAGCGCUAAGGUUCCAGAACAUGGUAGCUACAAAGUAGGAUUUCCCGGCAUGGGUAUCAUUCACACUGCAAAGAAGGAUGUUCCUGAACUGUUGUUUAAGAAAUACGCUAGUAAACAAAAGUCCUCAUUUGACGAACGGACGCUACGAGCGCAUUGUGAAAAUCUAGCCAAGAACAUCAAUCUAAAUAUUGUUCGCCUGAAGUUCAGCGCUCACGAUAUUUUGACAGACAAGGAAAUCUGCCUUCCAGUGUUUUCAGAACCCAUUCAUAACAUGAAAAGCGCUGCUACAAACGAUUUGAAAAUUUGCAAGAUUAGUAGAUGCCACGGCCGACCUAUAGGAGGCGAUGAUGUUUUUAUACUCGUCGAAAAAGUAAAUAAAAAAAACAUUAUGAUUCGUUUUUACGAACUGUCGGAAAAUGGCGACGAAUGUUGGUCUGCAAAUGCCCACUUUUUACAAAGCGAUGUCCAUCAUCAGUAUGCUAUUGUUUUCAGAACACCUCGUUACAUUGAACCGCAUAUAACGUCGGAUGUGAAAGUGUAUAUAGAACUAGUGCGCCCGUCGGACGGACGUACUAGCGAGCCAAAAGAAUUUACGUACAAAGCAGACUUGAUCUCCGCGAUGAGAAAGAAACGGAAGGCCAACUCUUCUUAUUCGUCGAUCGGGAGCAACUCUGGUGGCUCAAUUAAUAGUCUUAGUGAUCUACCAGUUCCGUUGCAAAUGAUGAGUCAAAAAGAUGAACGUUUAGAAGAUGAAGAUAUGAAAGAGAUUCCCUCGUUUAAUAUACAACUCCCUCAAGUCCCGGUAGUGCCUACAUCAAAUGAUCUGGUUGGAGAUGCCAUAUUUUACAAUCUGUCUGCGAGCACACCAAAUACUUGUGCGUCUCCGGCGAACAUAAGCCCAAUGCUAGGGCAACCGAAUAUUCCGGAGCCACCUGUUUUGCAACUAAACUCUUCGGAAAUUGACCGCCUUCUCAAGAACAACUCAAACAUCACUUCAGAAGAGAAAAAACAAUUCUGCGAGACUGACUGGACAGCAUACUUCAAAUCAUACGGGGACAGCAUAACAGAAGGGAUGGGGGGAUGUAUGGAGUUCAUUAGAUUGGUGCCUGAUUCUGCGCGGAUAUCUAAACAAGAAAAGAAAGUUGAAGACAACUCAAAAUUUGCAAAGAUUAGUCGCUUGUCAAAUGAAGUCUAUCAUGUAAAAUCAAACGUAAUCAACAAGAAGAGCGAAUACUCAGCGUUUUAUAAAAUGGAAGAUGGUGCGGAAGUUAAAAAGCUUGUGAAAGAGCUAUGUGAUAUGAUAAAAAACAAGACUACUCAUAAGAAACAAGUUGUUCGGGACAAACUCCAUCGGCUCUUCGAAAUGCGACUUUCAAACGGCGAUACAUUCUUACACAUGAUGCUCUGCAGCAACCAGCCCAGUUUGGAAUACAUUGUAAAACUUAUACAUACCAUGCGAAUGACAGAUCUGUUGAAUAAAACCAAUAACCAAGCACAGUCGAUAUUACAUCUGGCCAUCAUAAACGACCUGCCCAGACUGGUCACAUUCCUAGUUUCUAAAGGUUGCAAUCCAAUGAUUGUGGACAGCGAGGGCAAUAACGUCAUUCAUUACGCCGUUAUUUGUCAGACAUGUUUAGCGCCAUUACUGGAAGCUAUCAAGACGAACAAUGUCAAUUGUGAUAUUAACGCGUACAAUAAUGAAAGACAGACGGCAUUACACUUAGCCGCUGUAUAUGGGUCCGAGGAGAGCUGUCGAAUAUUGUUGUCGCACGGGGCGGCGCUUAGCGCUCGUGACAGCGAGGGACGCAAUGCACUACACCUUGCGGCUUACGAUGACUGCUUGCCAGUAGUGCGCGCGUUGGUUGACAACGCUCAGCCCGAUGAUAUCGACGCUGUAGAUGGAAGAGGCAACACAGCUUUACAGAUAGUGUGCGGUGGAGCUUUAAGGAAAAACUCUAUUGAAAUUGUUAAAAUUCUUUUGGAGAAAAAUGCUAACCCAAAAAGACAUGAAGAACACAGUCAACCAGCUUGGAGCCUGGCACGGGACAAACCCGAACUUUACGAAAUUAUAAAAAAACAUCUAGCACCAUACAGGCUAUGUGAAGACGAAAUUAAAUCAGAACCAGAAGACGAAUACGAAUCAGCGGAUGACGGUGACGCUUCUGGAAGCGGUCUGCCGGAGUUAGAUUUGUACAUAGAGGAAGUGUCUAGAGUGCUAGAUGCGACGGGUGCGUGGCGCGAACUGUCCGUGCGACUUCACUGCGACUCGCUGCUCUCUUGGUACUCUUCCUCGAACAGUCCCACACGCAUUUUGUUGAUGCACCUCAAGGAGUAUGAUGAUGACAUUACUUCAAAAUCUUUAGCACUACUUCUUGAAGACAUGGGACAAAAAGACGCUGCAAAUAUUAUCAGGCGAUAUAUAAGUUAA